AUUUGCCGGUUGUAACUUUGCGAGCAUAGUUUUCAUAAAAAUUAAUCAAAGUAGACUACAAAUUGUAUUCGUCCACAAGUCAACCCAAAACCUUCAGUUUCCCUAGUUGUUUCGUACAGCCAACAACUUCGAUUUCAGACACGACUUUUUACAUUUCCUACUUUUUCAAAACUUUUCACCAAAAACAUUCAACAAAAUUUCGUUCCUAACAACACAAGGAUAAGUAAAAUGACUACAUCCAAUACUCUAAUGCUGAAACCCGAUGGGGUCGUCUCGACGACUAUGCGAAACGCCAGAAGGAGAAGGAGGGUGCUUCGCCGCCUGCUGGAGAACAGGCGGGCGGAGGAUAGGGUGGCCAAUUUCCAUUUCACAUGUGGUGGCGACCAAAAGAAGACCCCAUUGCGGAGUUGGGUAUUCCUCAUCCUCGCUAUCGCUGCAGGGGCUAGUCUGACCCUGAGGUUGACCAACUUGUCCACGGUCGGCGGAUUCCUGGAAAACUACAAAAACCAGUACCACUCGAUCGUCCACAACCAGGACAACUACUGCAAUCCCUCCCAGCGGUUGGGCAACAUGGUCCAGCACGCCCGCCACCAGGUACUCAACCAGAAUCAGGCAUUGGACCAACUAGAACUGGCACUGGACAGCACCGCCAAAAAGACCAUCGUCCUGGUGGGCACCUCAGGCGUGGGCAAGAGCCACACUGCGCGCAUCUUGCGGGAAAACUUUCCCUGGUCCGAGAACGUGAAGACACAUUCCUGGAGCGGCUAUCGUUCUUUGCGCCUGCUGAAGAGCAUGCUAUCUGACCUUACAGUUUGCGGCCAGAAUAUGAUCCUUAUUGACAACAUGACGCCGAAGGAUGCUCAAUUCGUACCUGCAAUCAACCAACUUAUAAGUAUGGGCAAAGACAUCGCCAACCACACUGAGCAUCCGCACCAGAAACUCUUGACCGUUGUGCUCAUCUUUAACGUGAAUAGCAUGCAGUCCAGCAAGGCAUUUAAGAUGGAUAUGGAGACCCUGCGAAAUUUGCCAUACACUCAUGUGAUCACCUACGCAACACUGGAAUCCACACAUCUGUUCGACUGCAUCCGCAGGGAAGCCGCUAUCGCGAUGGUGCAGCUGGAAGAUGAGCACGUAGAUGAGAUAAUCCGCAGUAUCGAUGCCACCGCCUCGGGCUGCAAGUCCAUUUUGGCCAAAGUCCUGCUCUACGGCAAACCAAUAAUCGCAGACUCUCAGGGAACUGACCAAGACCAUCCAACCGAUUGAUUCAAGACUCAAAACAUUUCUAAUGUUUCCAUUUAGUAGUUCAAAUUUUUAGUAAUUUGGCUCAUAUCAAAGACAAUCCUGAAAACCAGACGUGAUAAAUUGUAAAAUAGGUUAGGAGAAACUAUUGGGCUAGCAUCGGUAGAAUUUAGCAUUUAGGCAAUGAAAAUUCCUGAGUAUCGUAAAUGUAUAUGAUCAACAAUUACUUUGCAAUUUUAGUAGAAGCAAAUUUGUAAAUGAUUCUGAAAGUUCCAAAUCAUGACUAAAUGUUUGUAAAAAAAAGACCGAUUGUAUCAUAUAAGAACAAAUUUCAACCUCUAAUAUACUAUAUUAGGCAAAUAAGUGAUCUUGCGUUGUAUAAUGAUACCUAAAAUGCUUAGGCGCGUAAGAAGAUAUGUUUAAAUUGUGCGUUGAUAGCGUUUAGGUUCUAUUUUAAGUAAUUGUGAUUAAAACUGCCAUACACAAGCUA